GAAAGUGUAAGAAACUAAUUUUUUUUUUUUUUUGUCAUGGCAAGUCGCUGCCUUUCUUUCGACUUCUAUUUUUGAAUACGCUUCGCUUCGCGCUUCGUCGCUUUAUAUUUACAACCGAAGAGGACACCAGAGAGAGUCCCUCAUGUCUCGUGGCACUCGAGUUGUCGCGCAUUGUUUUCCAGAGAAACAGAUAACGGCUGUCAGCGAUAAACAGUCAGGAUUCUUUCCGCCUUCCUGCUAUCUACCCUGGGGGCGGGGAACACACGAGGGAAGAGAGCUGGAAUAAUAGCGCGUCCUUCCGCGGCGGAUUCGCAGAUAUUCUUUAUAUUCCAGGCAGGCUCAGCAUCGGUGGUACAGUGAUACAACAUACUCUCGGCAGCGGUGUUUCUCGGCGGUUGUAUUCGCGACUAGAUUUACUUUGAAGUAACUUACACAUGUAACGGAACAAUCCCCGAGAUGAUACAUAAGUCAACGAUCGACGUGUCAACUCUGAACGACAAUGAAAAUUUAACGAUUUAUCCGCGAUUAUUAAAAACUGGCUCUUAUCACCUCGCGAAAAGAAUAUUUUCCUUGUUGCAGGUACGUAGUGUAUACAGAGUGUUCCAGAGACAAAUCACGGUGAUAAAAUUGAUCGUACUGUUAACGAUCAUCUGCAUUGUUAUAUUGUUAAUAUUGGCAAAUUUAACGCAAACUUCGUACACGAAGACAAACAUAGAAUCGGCCGCAUCGCUGAGGUAUGCGACGCCGAAAUACGCGUCUGAAAUAAUAAUACCGCGAGUAACGAUGUCGAGAAAUCAAAUGGAGGAUAUUAAAAGAGAGCUGGAGAGCAGAAGACGGGGAAUGGCAUGCAUGUGUGAAACAAUUGACGUGAAGGAAUCGCGCUUAGACGCCGCGUUGACCAACAUGAUCAUCGACACGGAGCACAACGUGUCGUGGUGCCCCAUAUACAAGGCGGCGAGUUCUACAUGGAUGAUUUACUUUGCCGCGUUGAAAGGCGCUUUGACGGACGUUACUAUGGAUUUAAUACGACGCAAUCUUGUGCAAGUCAGUGAUAUUGUGAGACAAAAGUUUCGACACGACGAGGAUUUUAAUAAGACCUAUGAGAAGGUAAGCAAAACUAUGAGAUUCCUGAUCGUGCGAGAUCCGCUGGAGCGUCUCUUGUCCGCGUAUAGGGACAAGUUGGAGCAUAUGCAGGGCCGCGAAUAUUAUUACAAACGCUUUGGACGGCGCAUCGCGCUCAAAUAUCGCCAGCCCGGUGACAACGCGACGAGAUUAGAGCCGACGUUCGCGGAAUUUUUGCGAUUUAUAGCCAACGAGAGAUACUUCGACGAGCAUUGGGCGCCGUAUUAUCGCACUUGCGAACCAUGCGCGCUCCAUUACGACUACAUAUUGAAGAUGGAGACCUUGGAUCGAGAUAUAAACUUUCUCAUACAGGAUACCAAACUGAGCGACUAUCUCUACGAGAUGAAAUAUCCGAGAAACAUCAACCCUCACGGCGCGACCACUAAGAAAUUACUCGACGAAUACAUCACAAGGAUACCGCGGUCGCUUCUCGAUCAGAUUUACAAAAUCUACGAGAACGAUUAUAAAUUAUUCAACUACUCGUUUAUAUAAUACGUCACCUGUUUCAUUUUAUAUAGGCAGCUUGUAAUUAUUGUGAAGUAUUAAAUAAAUGCAGAGAAUAUUAAAA